UAAGUGAGGAGAUUCAGUCAGUGGUGUGUGUCCUGGAGACUGUAGACCUGGGUGGCAUGAAGACAGGUGUGAUAAAGGCGAGCAGAUUUAGUCAGUUGUGUGUGUCCUGGAGACUGUAGACCUGGGUGGCAGGGAGACAGGUGUGGUAUAGGUGAGGAGAUUUAGUCAGUUGUGUGUGUCCUGGAGACUGUAGACCUGGGUGGCAGGGAGACAGGUGUGGUAUAGAAUGUGACGCAAAUCACUAUGGAGUCAACUGUGUGAACACGUGUACUGACAGGAAGUGUUCUAAUGUCAACUCGUCAUGUGAUCGCCACAGUGGGUCAUGUGACAUGGGAUGUCUUCCUGGUAGGAUAGGUUCGGACUGUUCACAAGAGUGUACAAAUGGACGCUAUGGACAGAAUUGCAUCGACUCUUGUUCUGACAGGAAGUGUGCAGGAAACUCGCCGUGUGAUCACAUAAGAGGGGCUUGUGUGUCUGGCUGUGCACCAGGGUGGAUGGGUGAAGACUGCAGAGGAGUCUGUGACAGCCAACAUUACGGAGCUAACUGUGACAAAGCCUGUGCCUCCAGACACUGUAGAGGGAGCUCUUCCUGUAACUCAGCUAGAGACUGUGACAUUGGAUGUGAGACUGGGUGGACACUGAACAACUGUACAGAGGAGGCAAGGGUUCUACAAGCCGCCUGUAACGCAGUUCAUCUGGCUGUUGCUGUGGCAGCUGCAUUCGUAGUUGGUGUUGUCGUAGGUGCAGUCGUCUGUUUUUGUUUUCUGGUGGAGAGGAAUAGACGACCACACAAGACAUCGGAAUCACCCCCAACCAAUGCAUCGGACGCUCGAAAUGACCAAUCACAGAACAGUGAUGAUGUUGGCACUGAAACUAGGAUAUAUGACAGUCUCCAUGCUGAAUCUCCACAUGACGCCAAGAUCACAAGAGAGACAUAUUGCACCAUUAAGUCUGGCAACACAGAUUCAGAAGCCCAUGCCCCAACAUCACGUAAUUUGUCCGAAUCUGCCGGAGCACAAAUGUAUGAAAACAUUGACCACACAUCUCGUGAAAUGGAUGGUGCAUACAGUGAGUAAGGGAAACAUAAUUGACUUCAUGUGACACGCUUAAGGUUUAAAUGGUUUAUGUUUAUGGAUUUUCCUGCAUGAUUCUAUUCAUCUUCGUCUGUAAAUCACGGCGUAGAAUGAAAGGUGUUAAGGCAUAUAAAGCUAUUUGGCUGGAGCUAUAUAUCGAUAAUGUAUUUGGGAAAAUAGAUAUUAUUUCACUACAAAAUGCAUGACAUAUAAUAAAAUGAAUGUUGGU